AUGGAUGGACACAAGAAGAGAAAGCUUGCUGCUGCGGGUGGCUCAUCUGCAGUCACCAAAAAGCAAAAAACUCGGCCUCAACCAAAGAAGCCGACCACAAAAACCCGACGAACAGUAGGCUUCGACUCGCUGCGAUGGACCUCUGCAAAACUUCCGGAUAUGACCAACGAUGCCGAAGGGUUCUAUGGACUGGAGGAAGUCGACGACGUGGAGAUUGUCAAGGACCAAGACAACAACAUACGCUUUCGAGUCUUCGACGCCAAAUCGGACUCGAAUAGCGAGGCUGGAGACGGAGACGCAGACGCCGAUGAGGCUGGCCAUGAGAGCGACGACUCAUUCGAAGGCUUUGGUGAUGACCCAGUAGCACAAGCCAAACCUUCACCAAAAUCGUUUGAGCCGUCGACAGUCGCGUCAACCAAAGAGCCCAAGCAAAAGAAGGGAGACAGUAAAGCCGAGAAGAAAGAGACGAAGGCUGAGAAGAAGGAGACGAAGGCUGAGAAGAAGGUAAAGAAGAGCAAGGUCAUGGAAGACAGCCAACUAGAAAGCAACGUUUUUGCCUCUCUUGAGAAUGUCGAUGACGCGCAAGACGAUGUUGAUGUGUCAGAGUGGUUACCCCUCGACCUCUCGCCGUCAUUGGUUUCGUCUAUUGCCAAGCUCAAGUUCUCGAAACCGACCGCCAUCCAGGCCUCAUCUAUUCCUCAUGUCUUGGCUGGGCACGAUGUCAUUGGCAAGGCCUCUACUGGUUCUGGAAAGACCCUGGCUUUUGCCAUUCCCAUUGUCGAGAAGUGGCUAGAGCGUCGCGAGGACGACAGCGAGGCCACUGAAUAUGGUCCCAUCGCUUUGAUUUUGUCUCCCACCAGAGAGCUGGCACAUCAGCUCACCGAUCACAUCACCGCUCUUUGUCAAGGGCUACCCACAUCGCCGUUUGUCUGCUCCGUGACAGGAGGAUUGUCUGUUCAGAAGCAACAGCGCCAAUUGCUCAAGGCUGAUAUAGUUAUUGGAACACCUGGCAGAUUGUGGGAAGUCUUGAGCUCUAGUUCUGAUCUCAUGGCCAAAUUCAAGGAUAUCAGCUUCCUCGUCGUUGACGAGGCCGAUCGGCUACUCAGUGAAGGGCAUUUCAAGGAAGCUGAGCAGCUAUUUGAUGCGCUGGACAGAUACGCAGCGGACGAGAACGAUAAUACUGAACAGGAGCUGUCACUCCGACAGACCUUGGUCUUCUCUGCGACAUUUCAGAAGGGCCUGCAGCGAAAGCUUGCUGGAAAGGGAAAGAGUGGACUGAAGAAUAAGGACGACUCUAUGGAGUACCUCCUGAAGAAGCUCAAUUUCCGCGAGGAACGCCCAAGGUUUGUCGAUGUCAACCCGGUUUCACAAAUGGCCGAGGGGCUCAAAGAGGGCCUCGUUGAGUGUGGUGCCAUGGAGAAGGAUUUGUACCUUUAUACAGUGCUUCUACUGUAUCCGACCGCACGAACUAUGAUCUUCACAAACUCAAUUGGUGCCGCACGUCGAAUCACGCCAAUGCUGCAGAAUCUGAACUUGGCGACUCUCCCGCUACAUUCUCAGAUGGCACAAAAGGCCCGCUUACGAUCCAUCGAGAAAUUCACUGACGCUCCAAAUGGCAAAACAUCCAUCUUGGUUGCUACCGAUGUUGCUGCACGUGGUUUGGACAUUCCUAAUGUGGAUCUUGUCAUUCAUUACCACGUUCCUCGAGCUGCAGAUGCCUACGUCCAUAGGUCGGGAAGAACAGCUCGAGCCCAAAAGACUGGCGUUAGUAUUCUGCUGUGCUCCCCCGAGGAAGUUGUUUCUACACGGCGUCUCAUUGCCAAAGUACACUCAGAACGCAAGGUUGCGAGCAAGAAUUAUUUUGUUCAGACUGUUGAUGUGGAUCGAAAGCUUGCCGGUCGCUUGAAGCCGCGUGUCAACUUGGCAAAAAAGAUUGCCGAUGCCGGCUUAGCAAAAGAAAAAGGCAGCAAAGAAGACGACUGGAUGCGCAACGCCGCGGAAGAAUUAGGUGUUGAGUAUGACAGCGAAGAGCUUGAGAAGGCUGGAAAAUGGGGAGGUCGUGGUGGUGGUAGGAGACUGAAGCAAGAUGAGGCUAGGGCUAUAACUAAAGCUGAGCUGGGAGCUAUGAGAGCCGAGCUCAAGGCCCUCUUGGCGCAGCGCAUCAAUGCUGGUGUCAGCACCAAGUAUAUUGCAACUGGCCAGCUCGAUGUGGAUGAAUUGCUCAGGGGAGCGACGGGCGACUUCUUAGGAAAAGUCGACGGUCUUGAUAUCGGGAGCCUAUAA